AACUUUUUUUUUAUUAAAGAAAGAAUGUUGGACUCUUUUAUUAACGAGCAUACGGGAGUCAUGAUUCGAGAGAAUCGAUUGGUAGCGUCAGAAUCGAUCAAGAGUGGCUCAACUAUCCUUGUUCAACCCCCUUUAGCUUCUGUACCUUUACCAGCCAAACGUCAUCAAAGAUGUAAUUAUUGUCUCCGUAAAGCUCAGCUUCAAUGUUGUUCCCGUUGUCGAUCUGCCUAUUUUUGUAGUAACGAAUGCUUUCGAAAUGCAUGGUUACACUUUCACCGAGUAUUAUGUGAACCACAGGAAACAGAUAUCUAUAAAGACGUUGACGCAGAUCGAUGGUUAUUGGAAAGAACAGCACUUACCCUGCACAGUCACGCUCGUCUGAAUAAGCAGCAUUCUCAUUCUCCGCCUCACUUGCCAUUCGCUAUUCACGCGCUUUCGUUACACACCCCGACUGCAUCUACUUCAGAAUAUAAUCAAUCCACUGUCGAUGCCGUUGCUAAAUUCUUGGAAGGCUUUGAUUGUCAGAUAUCUUCGGAUGAAUUGUCAAUUCUUUGGAAGCGAAUUCAGACCUGUUCUUUCCCUAUUUUUGAUCAUGAGCACAAUUUGGAUCAGGUCGCUGUCGGUGUCUAUCCAAUUACUUCUCUCUAUGUGGGUCAUUCAUGUAGACCCAAUGCUGCCGUUCUAUAUAAGCAGGACACACAAGCUAUCAUCACUUUAGAGGAUAUUCUUCCUGGAGAACCUAUUACUAUUGCAUACGUAGACUUGAUCAGUACAAAGGGACAACGUGCGGAAGAAUUGAAAAAAAGGUUUGGUGAUGAUUACAAAUGUCAUUGUAUUCGUUGCGAAGGAGAUCUUGCUGUGGUUGAUAUGGCAUUAGAAAAGGGUGAAUCACUCCAAUUAACACCGGCAGACGGAUUAAAAUUAGUCAUUGAACAAAUAGAAUCAUGGUCCGUAUUAGAAAUGAUUAGACAUGGAGAGGUCAGAGAUAAAGAUAGUUGGUCCCCUAUCCAAGUACUAGAACCACCUCAAUUUACACACUUUGUAAGUCGAAUUGCUGCUCCAGCUAUCUAUUAUGCCUCCAUUGAUGACAAGAAACAUCCUUCUUCAGCAAGCAUGUAUAAAUCGUAUGUGAAAGAAGACCGAGCUCAACUUUUACAGCGACUUCCAGCGGCCAUGACAGCGGUUUUAAAUGUGCCACAAGUUCCGGCAUUUACUCUGUCUGCCAUUCGUGCUGCUGAAAACGUGUUAUUGCAAAAGAUCUCUGAAGCAAACUGGGUGGAGACAUCGCGAUGUGCAUUGUAUUUAUUUGUGGUUUAUCGUUUAAUAUAUCCUCCCUACCAUCCUAAAUUAGCCUAUCAUACACUUAUCCUUGCAAGAUCUGGGUGGAACGCACUUGUAGAGAUGGAGUUAAUUGGUGUUGAUUGAAAGUUAGAACGUAUCUAUGCCAACGGUACAAGAACCUGGAUUGAAUUAGCAAAGGAUGUAAUUGAUACCACUUUUGGAAGAGAUUCAAACUUAUGGAGAGAUGUGGUUGAACUGCAAUGGGUUUACGAUCGUGAACAAAAAGUGAAGGCUGCUUAAAUUUUACUACUUAUUAAUUGAUUCUUCUUGUGCAUACUAUUAUAAUCUUCUUUCUCUAUUACCUUUUUUUUUUUUUACCCCUUUACAUAUACAUAUAAAUCCGAUUGAGACACAAAAUACGUACACACAGUUGAUAGGUUGCACGGUCCAGUGGUCUUUUGAUUUUUUUUUCUUUUUUUAUUAUCUCUCAGUUGGAUAUUUGAUUAGAGUAUAAUUCAAUACUAUGUAAAUAGAGAGGAAAAG